AUGUCAGCUACCGGAAGCUUGUCACGAGAGGCCUACCUGGCGACAGGCAUACCGCUGAUAGUUGUGUGCGCCGGCUUCGUGACGGUACGAUGUCUCAUGAGCAUCCGAGGAGUUAGAAAGCUGGUCAUCGACGACUACUUUUCCAUCGUCGCUCUUUUACUUGUCAUCGUUGCCUUUUCCCUCAACGACGUCAUUAUCAGACUCAUCAUCGCUUUUAUGCUGUGGACGACGAAAGCACCCAUUCUCGUCGUGUACGUCAAAUUAUUCGGAGUCAAGAAAUGGAUUGUCCAUUCGUGCUACGCAGGCCUCGCCUUGUCUGGCGCCGCCUACAUGUGUGCCAUGGCGCCGACUUUCCUGCGUUGCCACCCGGGCACCGAUGACACGACGAUGUUGCAUCUCGGACACUGCGUCACGGGGACGACUCUUACAGGCGUCAUCUCGGGUUUCGUUGCGCUCGUGCAAGACAUGGUCAUUCUGGUGCUGCCCAUGCCCUGCAUAUACAAUCUUCACCUCGCCCCGGGGAAGAAGUUGGCGGUCGGUGCCGUCUUUUGCUCCGGAUUUCUUGCCAUCGCUGCCUCCGUCGUGUCGCUAUACUUUAAGUUUCGAGCCUACAGGGGCGAGCGGUCCGACACGUUGGCGACGAUGUUGUGCGCGUAA